UGAAAUAAUAAAAUUUCAAAGAAAAUGAGCAGACUGAUAAGCUGCAGAUCCAUACUCUCCCCCUUCCUCGCCUCCGCCGCUCACUUCCGCAUCUCCGCCGCCGCCAAACCUCCUCGGAUGUCCACCGCCGCCGAACCUUGUGAUUCUACUUCGUCAUCGUCGACUUCCGCGAUCGAUUUCCUCUCUCUCUGCCACCGUCUCAAGACAACAAAGCGAACAGGAUGGGUGCGGAGGGAGGUUCAGGGACCAGAGUCGAUAGCUGAUCACAUGUAUAGGAUGGGAUUAAUGGCUCUUAUAGCUCCUGAUAUUCCUGGCGUCGAUCGUGAAAAGUGUAUAAAAAUGGCAAUUGUACACGACAUUGCUGAAGCUAUUGUUGGCGAUAUUGCCCCUUCUGAUGGGAUUCCAAAGGAAGAAAAGAGCCGGCGUGAGCGAGAGGCAUUGAAGAACAUGUGCGAACUACUUGGUGGAGGGCCAAGAGCUAAGGAGAUCAGUGAGCUGUGGUCAGAGUAUGAAGAAAACUCUUCCCUAGAAGCCAAGGUUGUAAAAGACUUCGACAAGGUGGAGAUGAUACUUCAGGCCCUGGAGUAUGAAAAUGAGCAGGGAAAGGAUUUGGAAGAGUUUUUCGAGUCCACUGCAGGGAAAUUCCAAACUGAAGUGGGGAAAGCUUGGGCAUUGGAAGUAGCAUCGAGGCGAAGAGGAAAGAAAGAAGCAGCAUCAUGAUCGUAACUAUAGCCGUGGUAACUAACAUUUCGUAUUUGCUGUAUUUUAGAAUUCGAUUGUGGUUUUUUUCGUGAUUAUGAGUAGCUAGCUUACUUGCGGCUCAAAGAAAUCUCUUUUUUUUUUUUUUUUUUUAACUGUAAUGCCUCUGUAGACAUUGAAUAGGUUUUUGACCUAAUGUUUUAAUUAGAUUAACAUGAUGAAA